AUGGGGCGUAGUGGAUCCGGCCAUUGCCGGCAGGAGGGCUUCGUUUUUAGAUGUUUCUUUGAGUUUUGUUACAGUUUGUGUCGUGCUCAGGGAGGAUCAGACGUUGGGUUUUGUAGCUACUGUACUCCACCGCCCAUAGCCACCCCUGAUCUUCUUCCAUCGGCCAAAAGGGUGAAGCAAGAUCCGAGUUCUUCUUCCAUCGCCCAAGCCUACCCGAUGAUUCCGGCCAUGGCGGCGAAAGACUGGUCCACCCUCCCGCCCGAUCUCGUCCGCCUCGUCGCUGACUCCCUCCUGGCCACCAACGACAUCGACUGCUACAUGUGUUUACGCGCCGUCUGCCCCGGCUGGCGCGCCGCCACCGAUGACCCCAGGAGCGACGCCUCUGACCCCCGUUUCCGCCCGCGCUGCUGGAUCGUCCUUGACGAGGUCUUCCAGAGCCAAGGGAAAGAGAUGCUCCUGUUAAACACCCACACCGGCCGCUUCCUCCAUAGAGAACUCCCGCUGCUCAGCGACCACUACGUCGUGACAACCACUCGCAAUGGCUACUUGGUCCUGGCGGACAAAAGCCCUCCUCACUCUGCCAGCGUCCUCAACCCUCUCACCGGCGUUGUCAUCCGUUUCAUGGUGUCUGUGCCCACCGAGGCGGGAUCCUUGGCUGUCCUCUCCCUUCCCAGCUCUGCGCUCGGGCUCACCUUGUUCAGUGACUCGUCUCACAAGAUUUACUUGGCCCAUCCGGACAGUAAGAGUUUUGUCGUCAAGGAGGUUCAACAAGCACCUUAUGGUUUCUUCCGUAAGGCGGUUGUCGGUGGUGUGUACGCAGACAUUGUAGGGCAUACCGUGAUUGUUGAUUUAUGCCUUUCGCUGAUGUCUCUUGAUGCUGCUGAUCUUGCCAAGCUCUUCGCUGGCGGUCUUCGAGAUGCAACAGACCUCCUGUGUUUUCCAGUGUGUUUGGCUGGACAUAUGUUGCUCGUCUUAUAUGAAAAGGGGUCGAUCUUUGUUCUAAAAAAGGAUGUCAAGAUAGGUAAGUUCGUGGCUUUGGACAACAUCGGCAGGUAUGCCAUCUUCAUUGGUCCUCAGAGGUGCCUGACUGUCGAUGCCGACAAGUUCCCAGGCAUCGAGGCAAACUGCGCCUACUUCACUGAACAACUGGGUUCGUCCGUUCAUAUCUGCAAGUGCAACAUCAAGGACAGGAAAGUAGAGAGGAUCUCCGAAGCUGCCGAUUUCGUGAAGCAGGACAAGAAGUUUGUCCUCACCGCCGACCGUCCUUCGACGAUCAUCCACCUUCUCUCCGGCUACACCAUCAACAUCCCAGAUUCUCAACUGGCUUUGCAACAGGUUCCAUAA